UGGAUGUCCAGGUCACUGUUGUCCAAGAAACGUCGUGUGUCUGGGCCUGACUCAAAGCUGGGUUCUAACUGCACCCCUACCUAGUCUGUGAUGUUCGAAGUGCCCUCGGGACCAACCUACGGAAUGGCCCAAAACAGCAGUGAAAUAUAUAUAGAUGAAGGUCUUUACUCUCGCCAGCUGUAUGUGCUGGGUCAUGAGGCAAUGAAGCAUCUCCAGGCAUCCAGUGUGCUCGUGUCAGGCCUGCAGGGCCUGGGUGUGGAGAUAGCCAAGAACAUCAUCCUUGGUGGGGUCAAGGCUGUCACCCUGCAUGACCAGGGCACGGCCCAGUGGGCUGACCUCUCCUCCCAGUUCUACCUACGGGAGGAGGAUAUUGGUAAAAACCGAGCUGAAGUAUCCCAGCCCCGCCUUGCUGAGCUCAACAGCUAUGUGCCUGUCAGCACCUACACUGGACCUCUGGUUGCGGAGUUUCUUAGUGCUUUCCAGGUCGUGGUCCUUACCAAUAGUCCCUUAGAGGACCAGCUGCAGGUGGGUGAGUUCUGUCAUAGCCGUGGAAUCAAGCUAGUGGUGGCAGACACUCGGGGCCUUUUUGGGCAACUGUUCUGUGACUUUGGAGAGGAAAUGAUUCUCGUAGAUGCCAAUGGGGAGCAGCCACUCAGUGCUAUGGUUGCUAUGGUCACCAAGGACAACCCUGGUGUUGUCAUCUGCCUGGAUGAGGCCCGACAUGGAUUUGAGAGCGGCGACUUUGUCUCCUUCACGGAAGUCCAGGGCAUGAGUGAACUCAAUGGCACCCAUCCCAUAGAGAUCAAAGUCUUAGAUCCCUACACCUUUAGUAUCUGUGAUACCUCCAGCUUCUCUGACUAUAUCUGUGGUGGCAUCGUUAGUCAGGUCAAAGUAUCUAAGAAGAUUAGUUUUAAAUCCUUACUGGCUUCACUGUCAGAACCAGACUUUGUGAUAACAGACUUUGCUAAGUAUUCUCGCCCUGCUCAGCUGCACAUUGGCUUCCAGGCCCUGCACCAGUUCUGUACUCAACAUAGCCGGCCACCUCGGCCCCACAAUGAGGAGGAUGCAACAGAACUGGUGGUCCUAGCACAGGCUGUGAAUGCUCAAUCCCUGCCAGCAGUGAAGCAAGAUAACCUGGAUGAGGACCUCAUCCGGAAGCUGGCAUACGUGGCUGCUGGGGAUCUGGCACCCAUAAAUGCCUUCAUUGGGGGUCUGGCUGCCCAGGAAGUCAUGAAGGCCUGCUCUGGAAAGUUUAUGCCCAUUAUGCAGUGGCUAUACUUUGAUGCCCUUGAAUGUCUACCUGAGGACAAAGUGGCCUUCAUGGAAGACAGGUGCCUUCCGCGCCAGAACCGUUACGAUGGGCAGGUGGCUGUAUUUGGCUCAGACCUACAGGAGAAGCUGGGCAAGCAGAAGUACUUCUUGGUGGGUGCAGGGGCCAUCGGCUGUGAGCUACUCAAGAACUUUGCGAUGAUUGGGCUAGGCUGUGGGGAUGGUGGGGAAAUCACAGUUACAGACAUGGACACCAUUGAGAAGUCCAAUCUGAACCGACAGUUUCUUUUCCGGCCCUGGGAUGUCACGAAAUCAAAGUCUGACACAGCUGCUGCAGCUGUGCGUCAGAUAAAUCCACGUAUCAACGUGGUGAGCCACUGGAACCGUGUGGGCGCUGACACAGAAUGUAUCUAUGAUGAUGACUUCUUCCAAAAUCUGGAUGGUGUGGCCAAUGCCCUGGACAACGUCAUUGCCCGCUUGUAUAUGGACUGCCGCUGCGUAUACUACCGUAAACCUCUGCUGGAGUCAGGCACACUGGGCACGAAGGGCAACGUGCAGGUGGUUAUUCCUUUCCUGACAGACUCUUACAGCUCCAGCCAGGACCCACCUGAGAAGUCCAUUCCCAUCUGCACAUUGAAGAACUUCCCAAAUGCUAUCGAGCACACCCUGCAGUGGGCUCGGGAUGAGUUUGAAGGCCUCUUCAAGCAGCCCGCAGAAAACGUCAACCAGUACCUCACAGACCCCAAGUUUGUGGAGCGGACACUGCGGCUGCCAGGUACCCAGCCAUGGGAGGUGGUGAAGGCCGUGCAGCGCAGCCUGGUGCUACAGCGACCAGAGAGCUGGGCUGACUGUGUGACCUGGGCUUUCUACCACUGGCACACCCAGUACACUGACAACAUCCGGCAGCUGCUGCACAACUUUCCCCCUCACCAGCUCACAAGCUCGGGAGUUCCAUUCUGGUCUAGGCCAAAACGCUGUCCACACCCACUCACCUUUGAUGUCAACAAUCCCCUGCAUCUCGACUAUGUGAUGGCUGCUGCCAACCUGUUUGCCCAGAUGUAUGGGCUGACAGGCUCUCAGGACCGAGCUGCUGUGUCCACACUACUGCAAUCUGUGCAGGUCCCUGAGUUCAUCCCGAAGUCUGGUGUCCAGAGCCGUGUUUCUGACCAGGAGCUGCAGAGCACUGGUGCCUCUGUUGAUGACACCCGCCUAGAAGAGCUCAAGGCCGUGCUUCCCAGUCCAGACAAACUCACUGGGUUCAAGAUGUAUCCCAUUGACUUUGAGAAGGAUGAUGACAGCAACUUCCAUAUGGAUUUCAUUAUGGCAGCAUCUAACCUCCGGGCAGAGAAUUAUGACAUUGCCCCUGCAGACCGCCAUAAGAGCAAGCUGAUUGCAGGGAAGAUCAUCCCAGCCAUUGUGACAACGACAGCAGCUGUAGUUGGCCUCACGUGUCUGGAGCUGUAUAAGGUGGUACAAGGACACCAACAGCUUGAGUCUUACAAGAACAGCUUCAUCAACUUGGCCCUGCCCUCCUUCAGCUUCUCUGAGCCACUUGCUCCACCCCAUCACGAGUACCAUGACCAAGAGUGGACAUUGUGGGAUCGCUUUGAUGUGCAGGGACUGCAACCUAAUGGGGAGGAGAUGACCCUCAAGCAGUUCCUAGACUACUUUAAAGCAGAGCACAAAUUGGAGAUCACCAUGCUGUCACAGGGUGUGUCUAUGCUGUAUUCCUUCUUCAUGCCAGCUACCAAACUUAAGGAACGUUUGGAUCAGCCGAUGACAGAGAUUGUGAGCCGUGUGUCAAGGAAGAAACUGGGCCGCCAUGUGCGGUCCCUUGUGCUUGAGCUGUGUUGCAAUGAUGAGAGUGGUGAAGACGUCGAGGUUCCUUAUGUACGAUACAUCAUCCGCUGA